AGGCUCAGCUCGGGGACACAAGACCCUUCCCGUCCGUCUGUCUGUGUUUCCCUCCUCCUUUUUCUUCCUUUGCUUUGGCUCCCCACCCCUCCUCCUCCCCUCAACCCCCUUGCCAUAUGCUCACACCCUGAGCUCAUGAGCUGGUCCCCAGAAGAGUGCAGGGGGCAGAGAGAGCCCCUGGGUGACAAACAUGCCCUCUGCGCCAGGCUGGUGGAGAAGCCCAGCACGGGGUCCGCAGAGCACCCAGAGUCCGGCCAGGGACCCAUCGUCGCCCGCACGGCCUCGGGACCUGCCCUGGCCUUCUGGCGGGCGGUGCUGGCUGGAGACGUGGGCUCUGUCUCCCACCUCCUCGCCGACUCCAGCACUGGCCUGGCACCGGACUCCGUCUUUGAUACCAGCGACCCAGAGCGAUGGAGGGAUUUCCGCUUCAACAUCCGCGCUCUGAGACUCUGGUCUCUGACGUACGAAGAGGAGCUGACCACCCCACUGCACGUGGCAGCCAGUCGGGGCCACAUAGAAAUUCUGCGGCUACUGCUGAGGCGGCGGGCAAGGCCGGACAGUGCCCCUGGGGGCCGCACCGCCCUGCACGAGGCCUGUGCUGCGGGCCACGUUGCCUGUGUCCAUGAGCUGCUGGUGGCAGGAGCCGACCCCAACAUCCCUGACCAGGAUGGGAAACGCCCCUUGCACCUCUGCAGGGGGGCCGGAACCCUUGAGUGUGCGAAGCUGCUCCUGAGGUUUGGGGCAAAAGUGGAUGGUCGGUCUGAGGAAGAAGAGGAGACGCCCUUGCACGUGGCUGCCCGGCUUGGCCAUGUGGAGCUGGCAGACCUUCUUCUACGGCGGGGGGCGUGCCCCGAUGCCCGUGAUGCAGAAGGCUGGACCCCGCUGCUGGCUGCCUGUGACACCCGCUGCACGUCCCCCGCCGAUGCUGAAGCCACCACGGCCCGCUGCUUCCAGCUGUGCCGCUUGCUGCUCUCCGCUGGCGCUGACGCUGAUGCUGCGGACCAGGACAAGCGGCGGCCCCUGCACCUGGCCUGUCGCCGUGGCCAUGCGGCUGUUGUUGAGCUGCUCCUGUCCUGUGGUGUUAGUGUCAACGCCAUGGACUAUGGAGGACACACCGCCCUGCACUGCGCUCUGCAGGGCCCCCCCUCAGCCCUGGCCCAGAGCCCCGAGCACACGGUGCGGGCUCUGCUCAACCACGGCGCUGUCCGAGUCUGGCCUGGGGCCCUUCCCAAGGUGCUAGAGCGCUGGUGUGUGUCCCCGCGGACCAUCGAGGUUCUGAUGAACACCUACAGUGCCAUGCAGCUUCCGGAGGAGGCCGUGGACCUCGUGCCUCCUGAAACUCUGCAGAAGCACCGCCGUUUCUACUCCUCCCUCUUCGCCUUGGCGAGGCAGCCCAGGUCGCUGCAGCAUCUGAGCCGCUGUGUGCUCCGCACUCACCUGGAGGCCUGCCUGCCCUCCGCCCUGCCCCGCCUUCCCCUGCCGCCCCGCCUGCUUCGCUACCUGCAGCUGGACUUCGAGGACAUGCUCUACUAGAUGUCCACUGCCUUUUGCGACAGCCUACAAGCAGAUGCUCCAG